AUGCACACGCACAACGAGAGAAAACCAUUUACGUGUACCAUAUGCGCGAAAGGAUUCUGCAGGAAUUUCGACCUUAAGAAGCACACCAGAAAGCUGCAUUUAGGCGCUGGCGGGUCUAACAACGAUUCGUCACUCGACACGCAGGACGAGUCGACGCAAGAAGCGUCCACGAGUCCAUCGGAAGAGACGAGUAGAGUGGCUUUCAGGCCUUUUUUAGGAGGUGCCUAUCCGAGAAUCCUGGAUCCAGCGCGAAUGACUGCCCCCAACACCUUCUUCUCCAAGUUAUUG